AUGAAUCGACAGUAUACUUGCCGAAGAGCGAACGGCCUCUGCCAGAUCUCCAAAGAUGAACGAUAUCUUUGCCGACUUUGUCGCUACAACAAAUGUCUCGCACUUGGCAUGACUGCUGACAGUAUUCGUCCAGCAUCGAUAACGAUAGACUACGAGCCUCAAGGUGGUUCUUCCCAGGAAACUCCUCUCUCGUAUGAGGCACCUCCUCGCCCAGACACUGUCCUAUUGCAAUCCCAUCAAGAUUCUGGUAUCCACAAUAACUUCAAACCUGAUGCAAAUGUUCCAAAUGAGCCACUCAUGCGAAUGCAUCACGCUUUGCUACGUCAUAGAAGAGGCCAGCGGUGUGCAGCUGAUCCUGAAGUAAACGAGCUUCGCGUCCAAUCUUGUUAA